AACCCCAGGCUGGAAAUGGUCCUUUUUGUGGUUGUGUCUGUCUUUUACAUGGUCACCCUAGUGGGCAAUACCACCAUCAUACUCCUGUUCCACCUAGACCCCCACCUCCACACCCCCAUGUACUUCUUCCUCACCAACCUCUCCAUCUUGGACCUCUGCUUCACCACCAGCAGCAUCCCCCAGAUGCUGGUCAACCUCUGGGGCCCAGACAAGACCAUCAGCUACCUGGGAUGUGCGGUCCAGCUCUACAUCUUCCUGGGACUGGCUGCUGCUGAGUGCGUGCUGCUCCUGGUCAUGGCCUUCGACCGGUAUGUGGCGGUGUGCCAACCCCUACACUAUGCAGCCAUCAUGCACCCACACCUGUGUCACAAACUAGCAUUCCUGGUCUGGGCAACUGGCAUUUUUGGAACCUUGGUGCAGUCACCCACCACCAUGAAGCUACCCUUCUGCCAUCAUCACCAGGUGGAUGGCUUUGUCUGUGAGGUCCCUGCACUGAUCCGCCUGGCCUGUGGGGACACGCACGUCAAUGAGCUCCAGAUCUCAGUGAUUGGUGCUGUCUUCCUAAUGGGGCCAAUCCUGCUCAUCCUCAUCUCCUAUGGCCACAUUGCCAAGGCAGUGCUGGCCAUCCAGUCCCUCGAGGGGAGGAGCAAGGCGUUCCGGACUUGUUCUUCCCACCUGGCCGUCGUCUUCCUCUACUACUGCAGUGCCACUGCUGUCUACAUCCAGCCCCGAAGCCAUUUUUCCCAGAAGCAAGGGAAGUUUCUGACUCUUUUCUACACUGUGGUGACCCCCACUCUCAAUCCCCUCAUCUACACCUUGAGGAACAAGGACAUGAAGGAGGCUCUCCAGAAGCUAUUUGGGAGAGACAGAAACAGAACAUCCAGUGUGGAGUAA